ACAGAAAAAAAAAAUAAAAAAAAUCCUCCGAUAUCUUGAAACCAAAAACACAGAUACAAAACCUACCGGAAAAAUCUGCAUUUUAGCCGCAAACUUACAGUCGUAAACUGACACUACGAACCCAAUUCUCGAAAAUGGCUUUGGCUUCACUGCAAGUGAACAAUCUCAGACCUCUUAAACCUCAACAUCACUUAAUUAAUUCUUCUCCUAAAAGGCUCUCUGCAACAAUCAGCUGCUCCGCCGCCACACCCACCAAACGCUACACCAUCACUCUCCUUCCCGGCGAUGGUAUCGGCCCCGAAGUCAUCGCUGUCGCCAAAAAUGUUCUUCAACUCGCCGCUUCCUUCGACGGGAUUGAGUUUGGGUUCAAGGAGAUGCUGAUGGGAGGUGCAGCUUUGGACUUGACUGGUGUUCCUUUACCCGAGGAGACCCUCUCUGAGGCCAGAAAUUCGGAUGCUGUUCUUCUAGGAGCAAUCGGAGGCUAUAAAUGGGAUAACAAUGAAAAGCACUUAAAACCCGAGACUGGAUUGCUUCAGCUACGUGCAGGUCUUAAGGUCUUUGCAAAUUUGAGGCCAGCUUCAGUUUUGCCACAGUUGGUAGAUGCGUCAACUUUGAAGAAGGAAGUGGCUGAAGGUGUUGACUUGAUGGUUGUUAGGGAGCUUACCGGGGGUAUUUAUUUUGGAAAACCAAGGGGUUUUGGCACGAAUGAUAGUGGUGAUGAGAUUGGUUUUAACACUGAGAUUUAUGCAGCUUAUGAGAUUGAUCGCAUUGCUCAUGUUGCGUUUCAAACUGCUCGGAAGCGUAGCUGUAGACUUUGUUCUGUAGAUAAAGCUAAUGUUUUAGAGGCGUCCAUGCUCUGGAGGAAGAGAGUAACGGCUAUUGCUUCACAGUACCCUGACGUUGAACUUUCACACAUGUAUGUCGACAAUGCUGCAAUGCAACUUGUUCGUAAUCCUAAACAGUUUGACACUAUUGUGACCAACAACAUAUUUGGUGAUAUAUUGUCAGACGAGGCUUCGAUGAUUACUGGAAGCAUUGGGAUGCUCCCAUCCGCUAGUAUAAGCGAUUCGGGUCCUGGAUUAUAUGAACCAAUACACGGGUCUGCUCCAGAUAUCGCUGGAAUGGACAAAGCUAAUCCUUUGGCAGCAGUGCUAAGUGCUGCCAUGCUAUUAAAGUAUGGCCUUGGAGAGGAAAAGGCAGCCCAACGAAUUGAGCUUGCAGUGCUGGAUACUCUAAAUAGGGGAUUCCGUACUGGUGAUAUAUACUCUGCUGGAAAUAAAUUGGUAGGAUGCAAGGAGAUGGGUGAAGAGGUGCUGAAGUCGGUAGAAUCCAAACUUGCUGCUGCUGUAUGAUGAGUUCUGCAUUUAUGAAAGUGUUGAGGAAGCCGGAAGGGUAGUUCCAUAUUUAAAGAUUUUGGGAGUUUUUUUCCAAGAUCAUUAUAAAAGAAAUGUACCUUUUUUUAGUUGUAGGAAGGAUAUCCAUUGCUGUUUUCUGCGUUGUUUCUCAUUUUAUCCCUUAUAUGUUACGUAGACCUUUGAUCUGCUAGUUUUUAAACAUUUUGAAAUGCAAGACCAGAGCUGUUGUCACAUGAAACAUAGCUGUUUGUAAAACCGACUCUGGAAAUUUGAAUAAGAAAUCAGUUAUUUACA